AGAAUGCCUGAUCGCAGACUUGCCACCAGUCGACCUCAUGAGUUUCAGCGCAGAAAAGUUGUUUGCAAGCCUUCUGCUAUUUUACAAAAGUAUACCUUUAAGAACAAGUUGCCGCUAGAUUCUCCCAAAUCCACGUUUCUAUCACUUUGACCCUUACAAAGUAUACCUUUGCCCGGACGUUUGUGAUUAUCUUUUUUUUUCCGAUUCGUCUGGUCGCGCAAGUAAAAAACUCAGAGAGCUCAGGGAGAGGGAGGAAGGCUCAAACAUUGAGUCAGAAGAAAUCAGGGAAUAAAAUCUCUUUUAUACUCUUCUUGAUAUUUCCACUUCAGGCAUGAAAAUUCCCACAAUACUCUUUGGAUCUAUUUACAGAUCCGGCGUAGGGACGAGGCCUUAAUUUACAUUUCGAAUGCGCAGAUAGAAAAAAAAGAAACUUUUCCGUGGAUUAUAAGGAGAUGAUGGGUCGAGAAUCAAUGAGGAAAAAGGAGAAUCUAGAUAUUCGAAAAGGGGAGGCAAAAAGAGUUAAAAGUCUCUGAAAUUAAUUACAGAAUAUAUUUCCCGGGAAAAGAGCAGCCAAUUGACUGCCUAGCAACGGCGCCAACGCCGAGUGGAGUCGGUCCGACAUAGCAACAACACAACACGAAUGCCAAAAUGGCCGAUCGAAUGUAAGCAAAAUCCUGGCCAAAUUUCGUAGUGGUUUACAUCUAUAUUCCCAGUUGUAUCUACAGAUUUCGUCUUAAAAGAUGGCCAAGGUUGCAGUUGUUCCUGCAGUUUAUGGUUUUUCGGAUCUGCGGCCGUCUUCGCGUGCGCUAACAAUAACCCCUCGACCAGCCUCCAGAAAGUCAACUGCAUUUGGAACACUCGAACGACCGUCUUCUCGCAACGUUUCUCGUGGAGAAAGUGACCUAGUUGUUUCACCACGUAGAUCAAAAGGGGUUUCGUCGAGUGUUUUGAUCAUAACUCCUGGAAGGCGAGAUUCUUCUGACUUGAGUUUAGGCUCGCCAAAGUCUCCAGACGCAAAUUUGAGUUUCAUCGAGAUCGAAUCACGUUUGAGGGAGAAGAUUCGAGUGAACGCUGCAGAAUUACGCCAGGCCUUCCAAACAUUUGAUGCAGAGAAGACUCACACUGUUACUCAGAGUGAAUUCAAACGAGCCCUUGAGUCAUUCUGUAUCCCUCUCACAGAGGACCAGUUUGACAAACUUAUUAAAAAGGUUGGUACAAACAGAGAUGGAACCAUCUCCUAUUUGGAGUUCUUAGAAAGGUACCACCAGAGAGGAGGAACACCAGAUGGCUUGCGAUUGCUUGGUGGUUUGCAUAAAUUUAACCAGACCAAAUCUCCAAGAGAUGUACUGGGCAUGGAUGAGAUUGAGAGUCAAUUAAGAAGAAAGAUGGGAGGCCAGCUGCAAAGUGUGAUGAAGGCUUUAAGACUCUUUGAUUACAACAGAGAUGGUCAGAUUCAGAAGCAUGAGUUGCGUCGAGUCAUAGAGAAUUUCUGCUUCAGGCUAACAGAUGAACAGUUUAACAAGUUAUGGUGUAAAUAUGACAUGACACGUAACGGUCACACUCUUGAGUAUAUGGACUUCCUCAAGCGACUCGGAGUAAGCGCAAAGCCUAAGAAUCAAGUCAAUAAAGGAGGCCAAGGUGAAGGUCAACAGUUCGUGAAACUAGCUGCAGUUAACAGCAGACCAAGAUCAAGUCAAGACAGAAAACAGAGUCCUCCAGUUCUUACAUUAACAGAACUUGAGCACAAACUCAGAAAGAAGAUGAUUGAAAAUCAUGGAAACAUAAGUCGCGCAUUUGUAGCAUUUGACAGACGUGGAGAUGGUUUUGUUACCUUGGAUGAACUCAAAAGAGUGCUGUUUAACUUUGCCUUUCCUAUGUCGGACAAGCUGUUUGUGGAGCUAAUGGAUAGGUGUGGUAUCCGUGCUAAUCACAAGAUAUCUUAUGAACAGUUCCUUGAAAAGUUCCAGAUGCCAGUAGCAAAAGCAAAUGGCCAAACUAUUCCAAUCAAGCCCAGUCACAAAUACAAUCCAGUUCGUGAGGCAGAAGAAAUGCCAUCCACUGAUGACAUCUGGAAACUCCUGCAUUCCAAGAUCAUGAACAGUUUUUCAUCUGUCAAACAAGCAUUCCUUGUUUUUGAUGAUAAUAAAGAUGGGCGUGUCACCAAACGGGACUUCAGACGUGUGCUGGAAAGCUUCUGCUUCCGUAUGAGCCAAAAGCAAUUUCAUGAAUUGAUGGCUAAGAUUGACCCAUACAACAAAGGCUAUGUGUCCUACUUAGAUUUCUUGGACAGAUUUGAGCAAAGAGAAACUGAGGUUUUAGACAGUCUUGGUUUAUACAUGACGGAUGAUCAGUUUCGCAUUCUGAGUGCCAGGCUGGGAUUUCACAAAGGGAAGCUCUCCUAUAUGGAAUUCCUGGAUAACUUUCAGGAUCGUCGCUCGUUUGGUGUGGGAGAGAGAGUGAGCGAAUACCCCAGUCACAGAUACAACCUUCCAGUGCCUCAGGAAGAGUCCAUGAAAGCAAGUGUCGUGGAGGCCAGACUGAGAACUAAACUCAGAGAAAGCUUUCAGGAUUUACGUGCAGCGUUCCAGAAAAUCGAUUAUGAUCGCAAUGGGUUGAUUACUAGGCCAGAAUUCAGGCGAAUUCUGGACUCGUUCAUGUUCUUGUUGUCGGACGAAGAGUUUGAUAAGCUCAUGUUAAACCUCGGUAUACAGAAAGGAGCCAAACUGAACUACAGAGAAUUCCUGAAACGGUUUGAGCACGUGGAGACUGUUGAAGAGGGACACCCUUGGCUGUAUUCUACCCACAGCUUCAAUGAAACUCAGGAUAUGAAUUACCUGACAGCCGAGCAGGCAGACCAGAUCAUUAGAAGAAAAGCUUGGGAACAGAAUGAGGACUUGUCAAAAGCUUUCUUGGCUUUCGACCGCGACGGAAAUGGAAUUGUUACCAAGAAAGAGCUUAAGAAAGUGCUCUACCAGUUCCAAAUCCCACUCAACAAAGAAGAAUUCAAGAAACUGUGGGAUAAGUAUGACACUGACAAGAAUGGUUAUGUGGAUCAUCGCGAGUUUUUAGCCAAGUUAGGCGGGGAGCUUGCCCCUGGUGAUAUUCAUGGCCCAAGUACACUGAUUGCUGAACAGAGUCAGCAAGUGAUGGAGAGUAUGUACCAGAAACAACAGGACAUGCACGUGGCCGCCACGUGGAAUCAAGCACAGGCUGCCUCGUUCUUAUCAGCGCUUGAAGUGGAGCAGCAGUUAAGGGAUCGGUUUCGUGAUGGAUACGAGAGUUUAAGGAAGGCAUUCGAGACAGUCGACACCAACAGGGACGGCUACAUAUCAAGAAACGAACUGAAAAAGGUUCUGUUUGACUUCCACUACUUUCUGGAUGACGUGCAGCUUAAUAUUCUACUGGACAGGUGUGGGCUGUCCCAGAAGAACAAACUGUCGUAUGAGAGAUUUCUCAGCGCGUUCCAGGACAACAGACAUGCUGGUUAUGGUCGUGUUACUCUGGACACGCCAGGCAAAGUCGUCACGCCUGUGGUGUUUGAGAGACACGAGUCCCUGUCACCAGAUGCCGCAAUCAACAGACUGAGAAACAAGAUCGGCGAAAAUCCUGAGACUAUCCAAAGGGCCUUUGCGGCGUUUGACCGAGAAGGAGUGGGACUGAUCAGCAAAGACGACUUACAUCAAAUAAUUAAUGCGUUUUGCUUUGUGAUGUCCGAAAAACAAUUUCAGGCGCUGCUAAAGAAAGUCAAUGUUGGUGAAGGAGGCUUGAUUUCCUAUGAUGAUUUUCUGAAUAGCUUUCAAAAAUCUGACGCCGAGGCCAGUCGCAGGUGGCUGGAGAAUUUAUAUCCCUCAUCUGACAAACGCCAAAAAACCGCUGACCACGUCACGAGACGACCACGUGGAAUGAGUGAAGCCGAGGUUGAAAAGAGAGUCCGAGAAGUUGUAGUGGCCAGAUUUUACAGUCUUGCUAAGGCGUUCACAGAUGGGGACACACAUCACAGCGGUACAGUCAGCGCCAGCUCUCUCCAUGAAAUCCUUAAUGAGCAUGCGUUCCGUAUGACCAGCGAUCAGUUUUACUAUAUUUGGAAUAAACUUCCAAAGAACCCGGAUGGAACCGUAGAUUACAAGGAUUUCCUUAAGAUAUUUUCCACACGGCCUGAUGUGUCGCGUGCAGCAUCUGCAACAUCGCCACAGUCACGUGAUAGAAAGGCGUCGUAUGAGCCCGCAGUGUCCCCUGUACGUUCGCCUGUCAGGAUUCCAUCACCUGAGACCGUGACUCCGCCCCCCUCAGCCAGUGACGUAGAGAGGAAUAUAAAGGACGCGAUUUGUCGUCGCUGGCAGCACAUUCAGAAAUCCUUUAGAAACAUUGACAAUGGGAACAAAGGAACGGUCAGCUUUGAGCAACUCAAAGAUGUUUUAUGGAAGCAUGAUAUUCAUCUUGGUCCAAGCGAGUUGUUAUCUUUGUGGAAGAAACACAGCAAUGAAGAAAGAGGAGGGAUCGUGUACAAAGAUUUUAUGCGACAUUUUGUGUUAAAUCUGAAGUCUCAAGAUAGCAGUUCUCUCGCCAGGCCCAAACUGCAGCCGACCAGAGUGCCAACGAGCCCAGGAUUGAUGAGUGAGCGUUUGAUUGAGCUCAUGGCCACUAUUCGGGCACCAAUCCGGCGCGACUGGAAGGAAAUGAGAAGGGCAUUCAGGGCGCUGGACAAAAGCGGCGCCGGUACUUGUUCACUUCCUGAGUUCAGGCAGAUGAUGAGAAAAUUCAAGAUGGACUUAAACGAAGAGGAGUUCUUCCACCUCUUUUCAUUUUACGAUAAAAACAUGACGGGGAGGAUUUCUUACAACGACUUCCUCAGAGCACAUUUGGAAUGAAAGAGGUUCCACCUUGGUACUUGGUGAAAUAUCAGCCAAAGGAAUCCAAAGGGGAUAAAGUGCCCUACAGAAUUAAGAUUUGUUUUUGUUCUUAUUAACCAGAACGUAACUUCACGCUGUCGCUGUUGAACAUUGUACGUAUCUAAGUGUGUAAAAAGAAAACUUGAAAGGUUAAUUUAAUUAUAGUAGUGAUCCGUACAUAAUGUGAGAAUCUAACAGCCAAUUGUAAAUUAUAUACCAAUUUGUCAAAUAUAAGUGUUAUAAAUGUUGUAGAAAUGCUCUCCUUGUCGUUCUUUAAGCCUGGUUUUCCCUAGGGACGGAACCACAAGCGCCAACACAAGCGCAAACACAAUUCUUAUUUCAUCGUGAAAACGGCCUUG